AUGGCAUCAAACACUACAAAUAACACAACGAUCGGGGUCGGAGAUAGUUCUCUAACACGAAAUGGUCUUAUCAUAGGCGUUGUUCUGGGUUGUGUUGGAUUUGUGGCAAUAAUCAUAGCAGUCAUCGUUAUAUUGGCGAAAACAAGUACAUCACCGAAAGCCAAGGCAGCAUCACAAGUUGGCGUUGUCAGUAGACAACCGGAACCAUUGCCAUUACGUAGUGAAACAAGAAAUCCACGUUCAUAUCGUCUGCCACCCUUAGACACGAGAACAUCACAAUUAGCCACAGCUGCUACUAAUAAACCAGUAGUCACCACUGCAUCUGAAGUAACCGGUAAUAUAGGAAAUUUGAAUACACGCACACCUUCUGUCCGAGGCAUUCCUGUUCGGCGACCACAUCUAGAGCCGAUAAGAUCUCCCAGUCAUAUUGUUGCUCAAUAUCCGCCAAACUCGAAUGCGGCAGCUAAUUUAACAAGUUUCCGACCAAUAAAUGAUCAGUAUGCGUCUAAUCAAUUACCUCAAACACAAAUGUUUAGCAAUUCAAAGACGCCAUACAAUUCUAAUAAUGACAUCCCUCAACCAACUCAACGUCCACCACCUCGUAUGAUGAACAUUGGUGGAUCCACAAAAUACUCUUGA